GGCUGCUGUUGUGUGAGCUGGAGGCCCACGUGACGCCCCAGAUCCCGGGUGGGUGGGGCCGCGUUCAUUCAUAAAUCCUCUGCCUUGAAAAUCCAAAUUAAGGUGCCGGGAACCGUCGGGAGCUCCGUGGUUUUCCCCGUAGAUGGAGCCCGUGGCCUGAGCCCAGGAGCAGCUGUCGCCGGGCCGGACCAUGAGCGAUGACUUGACAGCUUGGGACAACAGCACCGAGAGCGCCACGACGGUGCCCAGCGAGGUGACGACGCAGGAUGGGUAUGUGCUGCUGCUCGUGCUGCUCUCCAUCUUCAUCGGGGGCACCCUGGUCCUGCUGUCCGGGAUCCUGAUCAUCUGCCGCCGGUGCUGUGAGGCCGACCGCAGGCACUCCAGAGCCAGUGAUGACCCCGAGAAAACCAACACCACCUACCUGGAUGACUCUCAGCCUACACAAGAGAUCACCAUCAAGGUGGACGACCCCGACUGCCUGUCGUCCUCCAGCUACCGGGAUGUGGAGACGGAGCGUUUCCUCUCGUCUAGCUCCUCCACCGGGCGCCGGGUCUCCUUCAACGAGGCUGCUCUCUUCGAACAGAGCAAGAAGACCCAGGAGAAGGGGCGGAGGUACACGCUGACGGAGGGGGACUUCCACCACCUGAAAAACGCGCGGCUGACCCACCUGCACCUGCCGCCGCCCGCCCUCAAGAUCGUCACCAUCCACGAGUGCGAGUCCAGCGAGAACAGCCUGGCCAUGACGCCCCGCCUGCCCCCCGCCAAGCCGCGCCUCGCCAUCUUCCAGCCCCCCGCAGGCGCCCUGCCCCAGACGGCUCUCACCAGCCACGCCAUGUGCCCCAGCUCUGCCUUGCCUGGCGACACCUACAACUCCACCGUGGACACCAGCUUCACGGAGGCCAGCCCGUCCGCCUCCUCUGACUCGGGGGAGGGCCCCUCGUUCGAAGGCGCCGCCCGGGCUCCGAAAGGCGCUGGAGCCGGGGAGCCCCCGCCGCCCCCCGCCCAGGGCACCGUGCUGCAGUUCUUCACCCGCCUGCGCCGCCACGCCAGCUUGGAGGGCGCCAGCCCCUACUUCCGCAUCAAGAAGUGGAAGUUUGAGAGCAACCAGCGAGCGUCCAGCCUGGACACCAGGGGGUCCCCCAAGCGGCACCAGUUCCAGAGGCAGCGGGCAGCGAGCGAGAGCAUGGACCAGGAGGACCGGGACCCCCACCAGACCGACAUCAUCCAGUACAUCGCCCGGACCGAAGACGUCGCCUUCCACCCCGUGGCCGGGCCCUUCCUGCCAUCCCCGGCCAGCCCCCCACCCUCUCUCGGCAGGCUAGAGCCGGCCGAGGCAGGUGGGGGGGCUGCCGCGGAGGCACCUGGCGCGGAGCAGCAGAGCAUCUACCACGACAUCUGGAGCUUGCGGGCAUCCCUGGAGCUGUACGCCUCGUCCGAGCAGAGCAAUGACCGGGACUCAGUGCGCAGCGACGGGGGCGACAGCGUGUCCUCAGCGGGCGGCGCCCCCGGCUUCUCCUCCUCCCUGGACGAGGCCGAAGGCCCCGAGGAGCGGCCGUGGGGCCGGCCCAAGCAGGACAGCACCGAGUCGGAGCCGGGCACGCGCAAGCUGCUGCAGAUGGACAGCGGCUACGCCUCCAUCGAGGCGCCCAGCCGGGCGGGCGAGGACGGGCAGCCCCAGGACCAGACCGCCUCGGAGAAGCGCAUCUGCUUCACCAGCGCCGGGCGCAAGGGCACCAUCUUCGAGAGCUUCGAGGGGCGCGAGCCUGAGGAUGAGGAGGAGGAGGAAGAGGAAGAGGAGGUGGCAGCGGGGGGCGAGGCAGGGGUCCCGCCGCGCAGCCCCCUGGCCUGGGCUCCCUAUGGGCAGAUGUUCGCCAGCCGGGAAGCGCCGCCCCGGCGGGACUACAGCAUCGACGAGAAGACGGACGCGCUGUUCAACGCCUUCGUGCGCCACGACCCGCAGUUCGACGACUCCCCGCUGCGCGCCCGGCACCGGCCCCGCGCCCACCUGCGCAAGCAGUGGCAACGUGCCAAGCAGUACAGCGACCCCGGCUUGCGCUACCCGCCCGCCCUGGAGCGCCACCGCACGCCGCUGCGCCGCGGAGACAGCGUCAACUACCCGCUGGACAGCCGCUACCACAGCACCCUGCCCCGCAUCGUCAGCGCCGGCGACGAGGAGGUCGGCGAGGGCGCCGAGGCUGCCGGGGACGGGGCGGAGGCCGAGGCCGAGGCCAAGAUCCAGGUGAUCGAGGAGGAGCCGGCCGACGCGGCCGCCGAGCCCCGGCCCAGCCCGGAGCCCCUCGGGGAGGACUGCCCGGGCUCCGGCAAGUGCCUGGGCCUGGGGUCCCGGCCCCUGGGGGCUGAGCUGAUGGACAAGAUCACGGGCGGCCUCGAGGACCGGCUGUACGGGCACUUGAAAAAACCGAGAGAGAGCGUGGAGUGCGCCGUGGCCGUGGCCGUGGCGUCCCCCGACCGCAGCCCCGUCUAGGCUGGGGGGGGGAAGAGCACCGGGUUCGCCCCGACUCGCUGCAUCGGGGUUCAGGGCUUCAACCCCUCCCGCUGCUGGCACCACCGCCAGGCCUGCUGGGCUCCCGCGCCCUCGGGGUGCGAGGGGAGCCCUCGGCGGCCUCUCCCCCGGGAAGGGGCUGGGAGGGUGGGAGCAAGCCCGGCUGGAGGUGCCGGGGCGGGGUCCUGCUGUACGGACCCCCGUCCAUCAUCAAGGGCUUGGAGGGGCCGGGUCGGUUGGGACGUCCAGCCUUCCACGCGGGGGGGCACGGCCCCUCCGCCAACGCCGGCCCCGGGCCCAGCAGCUGGAGGGGGGUGGCGGAGGCGAGGGGCAGGCGCCUGCCCAUGCAGGCCUCUCUUGCACGGCGGGAGGUCGGUUCGACGGGACCGUUUUCCUGGUCCGCGCCCCCAGCGGAGUCCCGACUCUUACCUCACGAUGUAGAGCUGUGUAGCAGAUACGAGACCCCCCCACCGCCCCCUCUGCGCUCUCUCUCGGAUUUUUUACAAGCAAUAACCCGUCUCUGCAUCUGCCCGGAAACAUCCUGGCAAAGAAGGGGCUGGGAUGCACGGUGCUGCAGGGAGGUGCGGGGCGGUUGCACGGGGUUGCUGCCCCCCAGGACCCGGGUCCCGAAAUGCAGGAAUGGGGGGGGCUCCAAUCCAGGGGCUCCCUGCUCAAGGGGAGGCUGCUCCUGCCACGUGCCAGCUCUCCUGCUGUGGCCUCGAAACCCCGGCUGGGAUCCUGGGGUCUGAACUGGAAAGGGAGCCCCCAGGGUGGGGGGAGCUGGACCCGGCAGGGAUGCCCAUAGUGUGUGCAGAGGGGCCUAGAUUGGGUUUUCAGGCAGUGCCUGGGGUGGUAGGACACAGACCCCCCCCCCCACACACAGGACAGCCCCUGCCUGGUCCCUGCCAUGGGGUUCGGCUCCCUGGGGGGCAGCCAGGACUGCACCCCCCCCACCCGGGGGACAGGGAAGGCGUAAGGGACGUAAGCAACUGCUGCUAGGGAACAGUGUAAUGCUCCAGGUGCCAAAUCAGGGGUGGGGGGGACGGAGAGGACGCCCCAGAUGGGCUGGGGCCCCGAACCCGUCCCGAGAACCCCCCCUUCCCAAAGAGGGAGGCUGCUCGCUCCUGACCCCCCCCAGCCAAGCUGCUCCCCUCUUUCCCCAGGGCUACAGGCCCCGGGGGAAGGAGGGCAGGUCGGCCUUGGCGAGGCUCCGCCACGGGCUGGGGGGGAAUGAAGGGGGUGGGCAGGGGCAGCCGCCAGGUCCUUGCAACUGGCCAGCGGCCCCUGCCCCGAGCGCCGGUCUGUCUUUGUUAAGUUAUUAUUUAUUGAUUUUUAUAGCGGUGGAUGGAUUUGCUGCUCCGCGGCGGGAGGGGAGGGGGGAGGGGAGGGCUGGGUUUCGCUUUGUAUUGGUUUUUAUUCGUGUUUCCAAGGAUGAGAAGCAAAAAGAUUUAUUACCCGUGAGACUUGGUUAGCACCGGGGAAGGGGGCGCAGGAGGCGAAGGGUUGGGGGGGCCGGGCAAGCCCGGCCUGCCCCCCGUGACCCCCAGCUGCAUGCGACCCCACGGGCCGGGUCCUUCCUUUCCGUUCGCAAAGUCUCUGUCCAAAGCACUCACCUGAAACCACGACUCCGCGUUUUUAAGCCUAUAAAGAAAGAAAACCAGC